ACGGCUAAUAGGAGGGAACGUAUUUAUAGAUGGACUUUUCCAUGUGUGUCCUCCUUAAUCUCUGCCCUGCUGCUUUCCGACGUUGCUGAAAUCCCCCACCCACUAGCUCUGUGAGCAUCAGGUCAGCAGACAAGGCCAAUCAGGUGGAGAGCUAAUAUGUCCAGUGAGCGAUUCGACUGCCAUUACUGCAAGGACUGUUUGCUGGGGAAGAAGUACGUGUUUAAAGACGACAUUCAAUACUGCACGAAAUGCUACGAGAACUUGUUCUCCAACUGCUGUGAGGAAUGUUCAGCGCCAAUUGGGUGUGACUCUAAAGAUCUGUCGUACAAGGACCGCCACUGGCACGAACCGUGCUUUAGGUGUGCCAAAUGCGGCCGCUCACUGGUGGAGAAGCCCUUUGCAGUUAAGGAUGAACUCCUGCUCUGCACUGAGUGUUACUCUAACGAGUACUCAUCCAAGUGCUCUACCUGCAAGAAGCCCAUCCAACCAGGUUCUCGCAAAAUGGAGUACAAGGGCAACAGCUGGCAUGAGACCUGCUUCCUCUGCCACCGCUGCCAGCAGCCAAUCGGAACCAAGUCCUUCAUCCCAAAGGAAAACAGCUACUACUGCGUGCCCUGCUACGAGAAGCAGUUCGCUUACCAGUGCUGUGCCUGCAAGAAGGCCAUAACGACGGGGGGGGUGACGUACCACGACAAACCCUGGCACCGAGAGUGUUUCCUGUGCAUCGGUUGCAAGAAGCAACUAGCAGGCCAGCGCUUCACCUCCCGGGACAACUACCCAUACUGUCUGGACUGCUUCAGCAACCUCUACGCCAAGAAGUGUGUGGGCUGUACGAAGCCCAUCACCAGUCUGGCCGGGGCGAAGUACAUCUCCUUUGAGGAGCGGCAGUGGCACAGCGAGUGCUUCACGUGCGUGCAGUGCGCCGUCUCGCUGGUCAGCCGCGGCUUCCUAACCCACCGCGAUGACGUCCUCUGCACCGACUGCAGGAGGGAGACAUGAAACCACGCCAAUGGGGGACACUCCCAAAGCCGUCAGAUUGACCUCAGAACCUCCCCCUGCUCCCAAAAGCACAGAGCCAGGCUUCUCUGCACAUCUGCUUGUCUACAAACACGUGAAAGUGAAGUUGAUAAACAAUUAUUUAAUCGGAAUCCUUUUCUUUCCAUGUACAAAAGUACAAUGCAUUUGUUCUGGUGCAGCUGGUGGCAUGAAAUUAACAUUUAAACACACCACCAAGCCAAAUGCACACAAAGUAAUAAAUAUAAUAAAGAUAAAAAGAAAGAUAAUAAAAAUCUGCUAUUAAUAAAUAAAUAAACAUAGACAUAUAAAUCAGGGUCAAUUCAUUGAUUCUGAAGCAUGACUAUAUAUACAUUUUAAUCCUGGAUACACUGAUAUGUCUGGAAAUAUUUAAAAUAUAAAUUUAGCAGAUUUAUUGUAUCAAAUACAAUGCAAAUGAUGAAUUGUUAAUGUUCACUGAAAAAAGGCGGACUUACACGUGCAGAUAAGGAAUUCGCACAAUGCUGAACUUGUAAUAUUUUAUUUGACACAGCUUGCUAAUCAGAUGAUAUAACUGUGAUACCUGAUUGCCAUAAUUAUAAGAAACAUCUGUAUUUAUCCAUAUUUAUGUCUUGCUUUUGUUGAACUGAAUAAAAUAAAAGCUUUAAAAACUG